GAAGGAUAUUAUGGCAGAACCAAUCACUUUGCGAUGCAGAAAACUCAGUAACCCUGACAUUUUUUCAUCAACUGGGAAAAGUAAACUUCAUCGUCAACUGAGUCAAGAUGACUGCAAGCUGCGACGGGGUAGUUUAACCAGUUCUUUGUCAGGAAAGCAGUUGCUUCCUUUAUCUACUAGUAUGCACAGUGGAGUGGGGCAGUCAUCAUGGCAACCAUCUGGGGAGUCUUCCAAUUUGGUCCGCAUGCGAAACCAGUCGUUGGGACAGUCUGCUCCUUCUCUAACAGCAGGUUUGAAGGAACUCAGUCUCCCUAGAAGAGGAAGUUUAAUCUCCUCUCCUUUCCUCUCCCACUGCCGAGGAAGCGAUGUCCAUCAGCAUGUGUUCUCUCCUACAUCUGCUCCAGGUCUGCAGCAUCUUAAAAUCCCACUUAGUGCUGAUUGUGCCCUUGCUGCUUCUCCUCUAGUGUUUUACCUCAGCCCACAACCUCAGAGCAACCCUGGUAGUCCCUGCUACAGCAAUCCACUUCAGUGGAGCUGUCGGACCAGUAAUAGAAAGAGUUUAAUUGUGACUUCUAGCACAUCUCCAACACUUCCACGGCCACACUCUCCACUCCAUGGGCAUGCAGGUGGAAGUCCAUUGGACAGUCCCAGAAAUUUCUCACCAAAUGCACCUUCUCACUUUUCCUUUGUUCCUGCCCGUAGCCAUGGACACAGGGCAGACAGGACAGAUGGCCGUCGUUGGUCCCUGGCUUCCCUUCCUUCAUCUGGAUAUGGAACAAACACUCCUAGUUCAACUGUUUCAUCAUCAUGCUCAUCUCAGGAGAAGCUACAUCAAUUGCCCUUUCAGCCAACACCAGAUGAACUUCAUUUCCUGACAAAGCAUUUCAGCACAGAGAGCAUCACUGAUGAGGAGGGGCGGCAGUCUCCAGCCAUGCGCCCCCGAUCUCGCAGCCUCAGUCCUGGCCGUUCUCCUGUGUCCUUCGAUAGUGAAAUAGUAAUGAUGAACCAUGUAUACAAAGAAAGAUUUCCAAAGGCCACAGCCCAGAUGGAGGAACGGCUGGCUGAGUUUAUUGCGUCUAAUGCACCAGAGAAUGUGCUGCAACUAGCAGAUGGGGUCCUAAGCUUUAUUCAUCAUCAAGUUAUUGAGUUGGCCAGAGACUGUCUGGAUAAAUCACGUGAAGGACUUAUUACUUCUCGGUACUUUUAUGAGCUGCAGGAAAACCUUGAAAAACUCUUACAGGAUGCCCACGAACGAUCGGAGAGCUCAGAGGUGGCGUUUGUUACCCAGCUGGUGAAAAAGUUGAUGAUCAUCAUUGCACGGCCUGCGCGGCUGCUAGAAUGCCUUGAGUUUGAUCCCGAAGAGUUCUAUCACUUGCUAGAAGCAGCUGAAGGCCAUGCUAAGGAAGGGGAAGGAAUUAAAUGUGACAUCCCUCGUUAUAUUAUAUGCCAGCUGGGCCUCACCCGGGAUCCCCUGGAGGAAAUGGCCCAGUUGAAUAGCUAUGAUAGUCCAGACACUCCAGAGACAGAUGAUUCUGCUGAGAUAAAGAGCCGAGGAGCUACUAUACAAAUAAAGAAAACUCCUUCUGAAGAAGAAUUUGAAACCAUUAAGCUAAUCAGCAAUGGGGCUUAUGGGGCAGUGUUCUUGGUGCGCCACAGGACUACCCGCCAGCGUUUUGCAAUGAAAAAGAUCAACAAGCAGAACCUCAUUCUAAGAAAUCAGAUUCAGCAAGCUUUUGUGGAGAGAGACAUCUUAACAUUUGCAGAAAACCCCUUUGUAGUCAGCAUGUUCUGCUCCUUCGAGACAAAGCGCCAUCUGUGCAUGGUCAUGGAGUACGUGGAAGGAGGAGAUUGUGCAACUCUCUUGAAGAAUAUUGGAGCUUUGCCUGUUGAUAUGGCAAGGAUGUAUUUUGCAGAAACUGUGCUGGCAUUGGAAUACCUCCACAAUUAUGGCAUCGUCCACCGUGACCUAAAGCCUGACAAUCUUCUCAUAACAUCAAUGGGUCACAUCAAGCUAACUGAUUUUGGCCUUUCUAAAAUUGGCUUAAUGAGCUUGACAACAAACCUGUAUGAGGGGCAUAUAGAAAAAGAUACCAGAGAAUUCUUGGAUAAGCAGGUGUGUGGGACUCCAGAAUACAUUGCCCCAGAAGUGAUCUUACGGCAGGGUUAUGGAAAGCCUGUGGACUGGUGGGCCAUGGGAGUUAUCCUAUAUGAGUUUCUAGUUGGCUGUGUUCCUUUUUUUGGCGACACACCAGAAGAGUUAUUUGGGCAAGUUAUCAGUGAUGAAAUUGUCUGGCCAGAAGGAGAUGAAGCUUUUCCACCAGAUGCACAAGACCUGAUUGGUAAACUUCUGCACCAAAACCCUUUGGAAAGACUGGGAACAGGUAGUGCUUUUGAGGUGAAACAACACCGGUUCUUUAAGCAUUUAGACUGGAAUGGAUUACUCAGGCAAAAAGCAGAAUUUAUUCCACAGUUAGAAUCAGAAGAUGACACAAGCUACUUUGACACACGCUCUGAGAGAUACCAUCAUGUAGAUUCUGAGGAAGAAGAAGACACAAAUGAUGAUGAUCAUGUAGAAAUUAGGCAAUUUUCCUCAUGUUCACCAAGGUUUAGCAAGGUGUAUAGCAGCAUGGAACGUCUUUCCAUCCAUGAAGAGAGGAAAACACCACCUCCCACCAAGCGCAGCUUGAGUGAGGAGAAAGAUGAUAGACUGGAUAGCCUUGCGAGCCUGAAGAGUCGAGACCGCAGUUGGGUGAUUGGGUCGCCUGAAAUAUUACGUAAACACCUCUCAGUAUCUGAAUCCUCUCACACAGAGAGUGACUCCAGCCCACCGCUGACUGUCCGUCGGCGUUGUUCUGCGCUUCUCGACAUGCCCCGCUUUGCCAUUUCAUCUGAGGAAGAGGGGAAAAAGAAACAGUUGGAUGGUAUACAAUUGCCUAUGACACAGCCACGAGAAGGACUUCCUCUGCCAAUUCCAGAACAGCCUGUAGAGCGAGAACUCCAACUGGAUGAUGAUGGUGGACUAAAAACACCUUCUUCUACUGUCAGUAAUGUGAGCAGCUCAACACUGACAGCUGGGAGCACUGCAGACUUCUCUGAUCAACGCACUCGCAGUAAUAGCAACGAGGGCCCAGAGUUUGCAACUCCAAAAGCCACAAGUGAUUUGGCAGUGCGGAGAGCUCGCCAUAGGCUCCUCUCUGGGGAGUCAGGGGAAAAACGUACCUCUCGGCCUGUCAAUAAAGUUAUUAAAUCAGCAUCAGCCACAGCCCUCUCCCUCCUGAUUCCUUCAGAGCAUCACACAUGUUCCCCAUUGGCUAGUCCAAUGUCACCUCAUUCCCUUUCCUCCAACCCAUCUUCAAGAGACUCCUCUCCUAGUCGAGACUUUUCUCCUGCUGUAUUAAAUCCAAAACCACCAAUCAUAAUUCACCGAGCUGAGAAAAAAUAUGGCUUCACACUUCGUGCCAUCAGAGUCUACAUGGGAAACAGUGAUAUCUACACAGUACAGCAUAUGGUCUGGCACGUAGAAGAAGGUGGCCCUGCAAGUGAGGCCGGUCUCAGAGAAGGAGACCUGAUAACCCACGUGAACGGAGAGCCUGUACACGGAUUGGUGCAUACUGAAGUGGUGGAAUUGGUCCUAAAGAGUGGCAAUAAGGUAUCCAUAUCAACUACACCAUUUGAGAACACAUCGAUCAAAGUAGGACCUGCUCGGAAGUCCAGUUAUAAAUCCAAGAUGGCUCGAAGGAACAAGAAAAGCAAAACAAAAGAUGGGCAGGACAGUAAGAAGAAGAGCUCUCUAUUCAGGAAGAUUACCAAGCAGGCUUCUCUGUUGCACACCAGCAGGAGUUUAUCUUCACUCAACCGUUCUCUGUCCUCUGGGGAAAGUGUUCCAGGUUCACCUACUCACAAUCUGUCCCCUCGUUCACCAACACAGAGUUACCGAUCUACUCCUGAGUCUUUGCAUUCAGUUGGUGGAAAUUCUUCUCAAAGCAGUUCACCUAGCUCCAGUGUUCCUAACUCUCCUGCCAGCUCAGGACAUAUUCGACCUAGCUCCUUGCAUGGGCUAGCGCCAAAGCUUCAACGGCAGUAUCGAUCCCCAAGACGUAAAUCUGCAGGAAACAUUCCUCUUUCACCACUUGCUCAUACUCCCUCGCCAACCCCGCAGUCCACUUCGCCUCAGCGAUCUCCUUCUCCUUUACCAGGGCAUUCAGUGGGCAGUUCAAAUAUCAUGCACUCUUUCCCUGUGAAGUUACACUCCUCCCCACCUCUGGUCCGGCAGAUUUCAAGGCCCAAGAGUGCUGAGCCACCAAGAUCCCCUCUGCUGAAGAGAGUGCAGUCAGCUGAGAAACUGACCUGUUCUCUGUCCUCGGAAAAAAAGCUUCCCUCUUCGCGCAAACACAGUUUGGAUACUUCCCAUUCUGAAUUCAAGAAGGAGAUGCUCCAAAGAGACCCAGGUCUCCAGAGUUGGCAGGAAUCUGUGAGUGAAGCUAUAGGGGGUAAAGUUGGACUUGCAGAAAAAGGGACACUGCAGAAACCUUCUUCCAGGAAACUGGGGAGCAUUCGGCAAGACAGGGUGGAGAGAAGGGAGUCUCUGCAAAAGCAGGAGGCCAUCACAGAGGUGGAUUCUUCUGAAGAUGAAACUGAUGAAGGGUCAGAAGAUAGUCAAGAUGGGAAAAGAUUGGACAGGCCGACCUUCAGCAGAGACCACCACAUUGCUGAUCCUUUCACUGAGGAUGAAAGGAAACAUUCUUCCAAUUUGGAAAGCAAAGAUAGUAUGGAAGAUGAUGCCUUUCUUCCUGAGGAACCAAAAACUGAACAUUUGCUGGAAGGGACAAAUCAGCAGCAACCAAAAGAUGUUGCAAGGUCACCACAGACUGUCUCAGAUGAGCCACUUUCUGAGGUUUGUGUAAGAAUUUCUCCUGUAGGACAGUCUGGUGACAGUGAAACAGCUGGAAUAUCUGGAGCAGCAUCAAGGUCUCCACAAGACAAUAUCCCCAAACUAGUUUGUCUAAAAGGUACCAGUUUUGAAAACACUAAAGAUUCAAAGGAAACUCAGAUUCUCCAGAAAAGCACAGACUGUCCAAAGCAGGUGAAGUGCCUCCUGCAGCUUGAUCAUGGUGAUUGCUCAGGGUUGCCAACUGGAAAAAAUAACUUGAAGGAAUCUGUUUCCUCAGAAACCACUUACAUAUUGUCUGAAGAUACUAAUUCUUUGUUAGCACUUUGUUCUUCUUGCACAACUAGCAUAAGCUCUCUUCCACUAAUAAGCCAAAUGGACUGCAGAGAUGCACAUCAGAAGCAGGAACUCCCAUCUACCAAGGACAGCAUCAGUAUUACAGAUCUGGCAAAAAUUAGCAAGGCUCCUGCACAAAAGUCUCCUAAUUCUGAAGAACAGUCCAGGUUGUCCUCUGCAGAGGCAGUUUCAAAACACACAAAUCAGGCAAGCAAUAAAAACUGGAGUCUGAGAUGUCCCACAAGUGCUCCAGUUCCCACUUUUAAUGCUCCAGCAGAAAGUAGAAAAGCAGUUUGGUCAGGUUGUAUAGAAAUAGGUGAAAAAGGUAUAUUGGACACAGCGGAUCGCAGCUUGUCUGGCUCACAGGCAUUAGGAAAAAAAAGUGAAGACUUCCCUCAGGAGGAACUGUUUUAUGCAGAGGAGUGUGUGUCAAAGCAAGGAAUGCAGGAGACAUUACAGGAAAGUUCAAGACCAGAAACAGCCAAAGCUUUCAGCACGUGUGGUCUCAGUAAAAUAUGUGGUUCCUCCAUAGAGUCAGAAAGUCUAGCAGUGUCUUGGGAACCAAUGCAUCCAGUGGGAGUGAAAGAAAAGGAAGUUUUUUUGGCACCUGAAGCUUUGGAGGAUAGGUGGCAAGCACCUCCACCUGAAGAUCAGCAACAUGGCAUUACUGAGGAGAACAUGAAAGUGUCUUUGGGACCAGAGAUUAGCCUGACCCUUAAAAAGGAGGCUGCUCCAUUGUCUGAAAAAAUCAAGGAGGCUGGAGAUAAUUCGCAAGCAAGAGACAUCCUAUUGUCAGAAAGCAGUAAGAAAACAUAGCAGCAUCUCCACAUUCUGCCACAAAGGCAGCAUUAGUAGAACACAAAUCUAAAACAGAAAACCUGUACAUCUAUUUUUUGUAGCUGUUUUUCACACUCUUGCCUUUUUCAUUCUUGCAAUUCUAUUUUUGUACACAGCAUUUGCCAUUUGAUGCCUCUUCACAGGCUGUCUUUAACCAAGUUGACAAAAUAGUUUGCAAA